AUGGCUUCUCAUGAGCUCCCCCAGGACUACAUCCAUGACUCUGACCAGAGUUCUUCGAGCGGCGUCAAGAUCGACGCAACAGAAUUUCAAGAAAACAUUGGGACAGCAACAACCCUGGGGCGAGAGCCACCUCCAUAUGUGAAGUCGCUCAGUCCAGAGGAGCGAAGGAUCGCAGAACGAGCCCUCGUUCGAAAGAUCGACUUUCGUCUGAUCCCUAUGAUUGUCAUCAUGUAUAUUCUGAACUACCUGGAUCGCAACAAUAUUGCCGCAGCUAGACUGGCUGGCCUCGAGGAUGAGUUGAGACUUCAUGGCACUCAAUACCAGACGGCAGUCAGUAUUCUCUUCGUCGGUUACUUGCUUAUGCAAAUCCCGUCCAACUUGUGCCUCAACAAAAUCGGAAAACCGCGUGUCUACCUUCCCACAGCCAUGAUCAUCUGGGGCACGAUCUCCGCUGCUACAGCUGCUGUCCAAUCCUUUGGAGGCCUGAUCUCUGUUCGAUUCUUCCUCGGUUUCGUCGAGGCUGUAUACUUCCCAGGAUGUCUCUAUUUUCUGAGCGCCUGGUAUACUCGCAAAGAGCUAGGUUUCCGGACAGCGAUGCUGUACUCAGGAUCGCUUAUCUCUGGUGCCUUCUCGGGUCUCAUCGCAGCAGGCAUCACGAAGAACAUGGACGGAACCGCGGGGCUACGAGCUUGGAGAUGGCUUUUCAUCAUUGAAGGCAGCGUUACCAUACUCAUUGCGUUCAUUGCAAUCUUCGUUUUGCCGAACUUUCCUCGAACGACGACGUGGCUGAGCACAGAAGAAAAGCAGCUGGCCGUGUGGCGACUUGAGGAGGACAUUGGCGAGGACGACUGGGUGGGUGCCGAGGAGCAGACUUUCUGGCAUGGAUUUAAGCUUGCGGUUAAAGAUAUCAAGAUGUGGAUUAUGAUGCUUAUGCUGUUCUGCAUCGUGGCGUCUGGCUCCGUCACAAACUUCUUCCCCACGGUGGUUCAGACACUCGGAUACGGCGACAUCGCCUCGUUGCUGCUCACAGCACCACCAUACGUGCUGUGCGUCAUCACGGCCUUCUUCAACGCCUGGCACGCCGACCGCACAGGCGAGCGCUUCUUCCACGUCACACUGCCUCUCUACGUGGCCGUUGGAUCCUUCAUCCUCGCCGCCGCGACCACGGCAACCGCACCGCGCUACGUCGCCAUGAUGCUCAUGGUUCCCGGCGUGUAUACCGGCUACGUCGUCGCGCUGGGGUGGAUCAGCAACACGAUGCCCCGACCGCCCGCCAAGCGCGCCGCGGCGCUGGCGGCCAUCAAUGCUGUCAGCAACACCUCGUCCAUCUACGCGAGCUACAUGUUCCCCAAGAGCGACGGGCCGCGCUACGUCCUGGCCAUGAGCGUCUGUUCCGCCACGGCGUUCGUCGCCAUCUGCGCCGCCACCGCGCUGAGGAUCAUCCUCGUCCGGCUGAACCACAAGCUGGACCGCGGCGAGUGGGUCGAAGGCGCGAUCAAUUCCGGUUCUGCUUCCAGCGACGGCAAGGCCGUGGGAAAUAAUGUCAUUGUCCAGGAGGAUGCGGUGCCUGCGGAGGCAGUUGCACGAGGAUUUAGGUUCUUGAUAUAG